CUGUCGUACGUUAUCUCUUUGUCUAAAUUUGCCCACGUAUAAUAUUAAUUUCGCUUCUUUGAUAAAAAAUUCACUAAGGUUGGAAGCAUUUUAUUAUUAGCAAUUAUUUUUGCCAAUAUUUGGCUCGUUUUUUGCAAUGAUUUUAAUGCGAGAGUUUCUAGUUUUUUUCAGUGCUAUUUGUUUUAUAUCACAAGUUUCAUCGAUAGCGGACAUUGCCAAAUUUUUUCCACAGAUUUCGGGAAAUCUCACUAAAGUUACAUGGGCUAAUUCUAUAAAUACUAAAACUAUAGAUAAAAUUUUAAAAGAUGAUAAUAUAUUAAUGAUAAAAGCAGAGAUAGAGUUGGAUAAAAAAAAUGGCUUAUUAAUAAAUGAUUUAUCUCUAGACGAAUUUUUGAACAAAUUAAAACAAUCAAAUACUCCAGAAAAAGUAAAGGUCGGACAGGGGAAAGGAGCCAAUUUGGAUUUCAAGAGCAUUGAUGCAUUAACUGAGGCUACUAAGGAUAAGGGCCUAAUUGCAAACGCUGCUAAGGAAAACUAUCCAUUAUGGCUAGGUGCCAACAUUCUCAAAGGUCCUGGAAAUUUAACAGAGGAUCCUCUAGACAGCACAAAAUUUCUUACAAACGCGCAGUCGUUUCCUGAUAUCGUUUUAUCUUUAGGUUGGGUCACUACGAAUAUAUCUGGAGGAUAUGGCUAUGAAAAUGACGAUAUAAAAGCAAUGAAGAAAGCAAUCGGCGAUAAUCACAUAAAAAAUACAUUAAAUUUUCAUGUCAGAGCUUCGUUGGCAGCGAAUAGUAACCCUCAAUUCAAGUCAUUGCUUCAAGAGACUGACACACUGACUAUUUUUUCUGGUUCGGACGAUACCGUUGACGUUAAAAAAUUGAAAGCAACGAUUCUGGAUAUUGGUGUCGAUAAAGUUUUCUUAGACGUUCCUAAUGAUUUAGAGGAAAAACUUCGUUUAGACCUCUCGAAAUCGGGAGCUACUGAUAUAGUUAUUUCUCUUUUCAAUUUGGCGCUAUGUAUUUUAGUUGUUCAAAUUUAAAUAAAAAUAGCUUAUAAGCAAAUUUUGAAUGUUUUAUGUUCGUUUAUAACAGCUAAAUCUCUCCUUCUAGUUAAAGUUGUAUUAAACUAUAAAGGAACAUCGCAAAGUGAAGAAAAAAUAAGGCUUUCAUUUGAAGAUGAUCCAAACAAAAAAACACUAAAAUGUUUCUCAACACAAUUUAACAAAGUGGUUAUUAAGUAUGUCAUUACGAAUCGUUUUAACAAUAGAAUAUAGUACUAAAAAUAUUAUGACCUAUCACUUUAUUGGAAUUAAAUUCAUUAUAUUUCUCUAUCUUGAUAAGAUGAACUGAUUAAGACGAACUCGACUAUCGCAUUUGCGGCAAUUAAAAUGAUUUAUUAUUGGGUAGGAUAUUUUAAACAUUUAAAGAUAUUAAAUGUGUUAUAGGAACAUAAACAUAAAAAUCUUUAUUUAACAUUUAAAUUUUUACGAUGUCAAUUUGCUGAUACUUUUCAUUUAGUUUACCUGACUUUCGACAAGUAAUCCAUUCCCUACACCAAUUUUAUUUUCAAAUUCUUCAAAUAGAGACCAAACUUUUUUCUUCAUUUGAGGUACAUAUUCCUUUAUAGUUGACUUAUUUAAUACAACUAUACAUAAUUUCGCGUUGAAAUAGUUCCUAUUUCAUUUUGUUAUACAGAGAAUUUCAAGAGGAACUAUUUUUCUCCUAUUUUCUCCUAUAUUUGUACAUUCUAGUUUUUGAUAUUCCUGGGUUGUACCUAGAUGUUUUUGUUUCAAUACUACUUUAAUUAUUUUUUAUUUAAUUUAAUAUUGUUAAUAAAUCAUUAACUAUUAUUUAUACAGGGUGGUCCGUAAGUAAUUGUACAUAGAAAUAUAGUAGAUAUUCAACUUCAAAAUAUUACGAUUAGAGUCAACUUACCUCAAAAAAAUAUUUAUAAUAAGAAAGAUACAAGGAGUUAAAGUUGAAAGGAACUUAUAUAAAAAAUAUAAAUAAUAAGAAAACACCAAAAUGUAUAUUAUAUAUAAACGCCAGUCCUAAGUAGAGAUGAAACUGUAAAGGAAAGAUGGAUUAUUAUCU